AUGUCAGGCUUUGCCAAUCCUACGGGCGUCGUCCCAGCUUCUCUAUCCUUUUUCACCAUCUACAAUCCAUCUCUCGGCGCUUCAGAUGAAUCCGUCCAGGAUCAAAUUGUAUACUAUUUCAAAGCUCUAAAAGAUGGGCUCCAGAGUCGGAAGAAAAUCGAUUUCCAGGAAGUAAACGAAAGCCAGGAAGAGACAAAUAGAAGACUGCGUGAGAUUGGGUUAGCACAAGCGACUGUGCAAUUUGCCACGUUUUGGGAACCUUUCUUGAGGAAUUGGGAUGUCCUACUUCAUGGCAACCCUGCAGUUGAUAUUCAUAAUGGAAUAAAGCUUUCUGCGGGCGGGGAGCUCGGUAUUGGCGUCGGUGAGGAGGAAUGGGGAAGCGGAGAGCGCGAAGUCUUGGAAGGAUUUGUGCAGAGGACUGACGGCCUGGUAGACCUCGUCAUUUCGAGAUUCGAUCACAGUCGGAGGAAUGGAGCGCCGCUAGCUCCGUUACCAUCAGCCUCACCUUGUCUUAUCAAUGGGGACGUUACUAAGCCAUCAGACGGUAUCAUUUUCUCCGGUGUGGGUUCCUUGACAAAGGAGUCUCUAAGAAACGUAUCGGCGUGGAUGGAAUGGCUUGCGAUAUUUGGUACGGAAUGUUAUGGUGUCCGGCAGAAUCCUAAUGUUGACACUCGCCGAAGACCUGUCAGGAAGGACAGAAGCCAGGACGCAAAGAGUCGUGGUGUUCAGAAGCAUGAGCAAACAACUCUAGAAAGUAAGGCGCAUACCGAUCAAGGAGACGAGCCUGGCGAAAUUGGGAUACCUGCCCCAAUUGUCCGUCCUCAAGGACUUCCUCAAACAAGCUUAGGGAAUCCGACUAAAAAGCCCAGUGGGUACAUUAGAAAUUUUGAUAAACAGCAGAAUGAACCGUCUGAAGAUUCAGCACUCGGUGCUGAGAUAGUCAAAUAUCUAACCUUGGGUGUUUAUGGAUCUGCUUGGGGGAUGCGCGCAGGCCGCCCACCUGUGGAUAAUCCAUGUGCAGAAUCACCAAAGCCAAAGCCCACGGCACCUUUAGAUUCGCCUAGAGCUUCCACCAAAUCGAAAGAAAGCAGUGGCUUUUUCUUGAUUGGCUUGCUUGGAGACGUUGAGGACGAUGCAAAGGAUGAAGACGCAGCCGAGAACACCGCAUCAAAGGAAAAUAUUCAAGCGAAAUCUGAGGGAAGACUUCUGAUGCGCAACUUGCACGUCGAGCGUACCAAAGAGACUUCAUCUCACUCAAAUGAAAGCGGCAGUUCAGGGCCCCAUGCUUUGCAACAGACCUACCAUGAUCGUCUACGCGUCGUAGUCUACGUACAGGCACCCUUUUUGUUUACAUUUCUCUUUGAAACUCGGACGGACACUCUCGCUCUUCCCUUCUUCUAUCGCUCGCUUCACCAUCAGCUUGGUCCCCUCCGACGGCCAUUACUGAAGAGUACCGACCCCGCCAUGGUUACGCAGCGCCUUUGGGAAACCGCGAAUCCAAGGAGCACGUCACAAGCUCGCAAUGGACGAUUAAUUCAAGAUCUUGUCUAUGAUCCUAACCGACUUACGAUCCAUGCGAGCAUACCUAAUAUUCCGGAACCAGCCAGCGACUUGGGCGACCUAGGCACUGACUGGAGCCGGGUUGAAGCGUUAGGCGUGCAUUCGCAGAUACUCAACACAUACGUGGCUUCGCGUCAACAGUCGUCGGAGAUUGAACGGACGUGCAAGACCAGUCGAGGGUGGUGGGUGGUGUGGAUGCGGUUACCUCACUCAUCGGGAGCGUCGUCGGAGUGUCAGGAAGGCUACCGCGAGGCCGUCUUGAUCCGGCGGGCGAACGACACUAACGGCAACAAAGCUAGGCAAAGCAGCUCAGGAUUCGGCUUUGGCUUCAACCGUGGAGGAGAGAAAGCUGGGGGCUGGCAAUCUAAAAUCUCGGAUGGCAUUGGCAUUGAUGCCAGGCAAUAUAUUGAAGGCUUGCUCAGCUUAAGCCGAUGA